GCCAUUGAGUUUCAUUAUGCUGCUGCUGCGCCAUCAUCAGCCAGCCGCUCGGAGCAGUGAAUAAUAUCCUGCUGCAAACGCUAUUUACUCGCCGUUUCCCGAUAGCCUGCAAUUAUCUAUACCAUCACGGAUAUCUUUGUGAUUGGCUUGUGUACCAUGGAAAACAUCAAGACAGGACUGUAGGCUGUUAUCUGGGAUUCUCUUUGGAACACAAAGCAAUGUGGAGGAAAUAAGGAUUGUGCUGUGCUCUAAAUACAGGGGUGGUUUAUUCCUCAGUCAGAUCAUAGAGGAUGGGCUGUGUGCAAUGUAAGGACAAAGAGGCUGCUAAGUUAACCGAGGACCGGGACACCAGCUUGUCUCAGAGCGGAGUAGGUUAUCAAUAUGGUGUCGAACCCACACCACAGUAUUGUCCCAGCUUCAGUGGGGUCAGCGGGGUCACUGGGGUCACCGCUAUCCCCAACUACAACAACUUCCAUGGUGCUGGGAUCACGCAGGGCGUGACAGUCUUCGGAGGGGUCAACACAUCAACACAGCAAGGAACGCUUCGCACACGAGGAGGCACAGGCGUGACACUGUUUGUUGCUCUCUAUGAUUAUGAGGCACGUACAGAAGAUGAUCUCAGUUUCAGGAAGGGAGAGAAGUUUCAAAUCAUCAACAGCACUGAGGGUGAUUGGUGGGACGCCCGAUCUCUCACUACAGGAGGAACGGGCUACAUUCCCAGCAAUUAUGUGGCCCCAGUGGACUCAAUCCAGGCUGAGGACUGGUAUUUUGGAAAGUUGGGCCGUAAGGAUGCAGAAAGGCAGCUUCUUUCCACAGGGAACCCGCGUGGCACCUACCUGAUCCGUGAGAGUGAAACCACUAAAGGUGCCUUUUCUUUGUCUAUCCGUGACUGGGAUGAUGUGAAGGGGGACCACGUAAAACAUUAUAAAAUCCGUAAACUGGACAGUGGAGGAUAUUACAUCACCACUAGAGCUCAGUUUGAGACCCUUCAACAGCUGGUCCAGCAUUACACGGAGCGGGCAGCGGGGCUUUGCUGUCGUUUGGUCGUCCCUUGCCACAAAGGGAUGCCAAGGCUCACUGACCUGUCUGUCAAAACCAAAGAUGUGUGGGAGAUUCCACGGGAGUCACUCCAACUCGUAAAGCGCUUGGGCAACGGCCAGUUCGGGGAGGUUUGGAUGGAGAGUGGAGAUGGUUUGUGCUUUCAAUUAACGGGUGUGUGCAUGGUCUACAUCCCUGAUACGGUGGGACUUAGCCAUGAUUCCUGGGAAGUCGCCCGUGAGUCUCUGAUGCUGGACAGGAAGCUGGGGGCCGGGUGUUUUGCUGAUGUUUGGUGUGGCACAUGGAAUGGCAACACUAAAGUGGCUGUGAAGACCCUCAAGCCGGGAACCAUGUCUCCAGAGUCCUUCCUGGAGGAAGCGCAGAUCAUGAAGAAACUACGACAUGAUAAACUAGUGCAGCUCUAUGCUGUUGUUUCUGAGGAGCCCAUCUACAUUGUCACUGAGUAUAUGGGGAAAGGAAGCCUUCUUGAUUUCCUGAAGGAUGGGGAGGGACGGGCACUCAAGCUGCCCAACCUCGUCGAUAUGGCGGCCCAGGUGGCUGCAGGCAUGGCCUACAUUGAGCGGAUGAACUACAUUCACAGAGAUUUGCGCUCCGCUAACAUUCUGGUUGGUGAUAACCUGGUGUGUAAGAUCGCUGACUUUGGCCUGGCCAGACUCAUUGAAGACAAUGAGUACACUGCCCGACAAGGGGCAAAAUUCCCUAUUAAGUGGACGGCUCCAGAAGCAGCUCUUUAUGGGAAGUUCACCAUUAAAUCCGAUGUUUGGUCUUUUGGAAUCUUGCUUACGGAGCUGGUCACUAAAGGCAGAGUUCCAUAUCCAGGGAUGAAUAACAGAGAGGUACUGGAACAAGUGGAGCGUGGCUACCGGAUGCCGAGUCCCCAGGACUGCCCGAGCUCUCUACACGAGCUGAUGGUUCAGUGCUGGAAGAAGGAAGCUGAAGAGCGGCCCACUUUCGAGUACCUGCAGGCCUUCCUUGAGGAUUACUUCACUGCAACCGAACCUCAAUAUCAGCCCGGAGACAACCUCUAAACCCAGCCUCCUAGGCUCACCCUGAUCUCAUCCUCCCUGGGCCGUCCCAAGUGCCCUCGACUCCCUCCUGACUGGAGGCAUGUACAGUUUCAUAAGUUCACCUAAGCUCCUGUUACUCCCCUGCGGCUCCACGCCCUACUCGCCUGAAGACUGAACCGUUUACACAGACUUUCAACUAGAGAGGUGUACACAUGAGCGAGCUGGGGAGGCAAACAUGGAAAAUUGUGGGAAGGAAGAGGACGUGGAAAGGGUUGUGGCCAUAAUCAUUAUAAUGAUAAGAAAUUAUGCCUGUAUUCAGUGUAAAUACGAGAAGCUUGUUUAUGGAUGAUUUUUUUGUUUCUCUUUGUUCAUGUUUUUUGUUCUGUUAAAGCCCCGCUCAUCUUUUUGUGCUGCUUCGCAAAGUAGCAAUUUUGGUCGCUUUGAGGAACCCGCUCUUCAUGAAGGAUAAAGCAGACACCUAUGAAGGGUUUAGGUGUGUGUCAGUGCAUAAAACUCUGUGUCUGCUUGUGAUAUUUGAGUUUCGAGAAUGUUUGUGGUUUAUUCAUUCUCUUGUCUUCUGAUGAGAUCAUGUUCCAGAUGGAGGAAUAAAGAUUCAGAGUCUA